UUGGUGAUCAUGGCCGGGACGGUGCUGCUGGCGUAUUACUUCGAAUGCACGGACACGUUUGGCAUCCACAUUCAGGGUUUCUUCUGUAAUGACGCUGACCUGCUGAAGCCAUACCCGGGGCCCGAGGAGAGCAGCUUCAUCCAGCCACUCAUCCUCUACUGUGUGGUGGCAGCUGCGCCCACUGCCAUAAUAUUUGUUGGCGAGAUCUCCAUGUACAUCAUGAAGUCCACCAGAGAAGCUCUCCUCGCCCAGGAGAAAACCAUUGUUACUGGAGAGUGUUGCUAUCUUAACCCUCUCAUCCGCAGAAUCAUCCGCUUCAUCGGUGUCUUCGCGUUCGGCCUGUUCGCCACCGACAUCUUUGUCAACGCUGGCCAAGUAGUGACUGGCAAUCUGGCGCCGUACUUUCUGAACGUCUGCAAGCCAAAUUACACUGGACUGGAUUGUCACUUCAGUCAUCAGUUCAUCGCCAAUGGGAACAUCUGCACGGGGAACCAGGUGGUCGUGGAAAGAGCCAGAAGGUCCUUCCCAUCCAAAGAUGCUUCCCUCAGUGUCUAUUCAGCCGUCUACGUCACGUAAGACAUCAUGGGAAUCUGUGUAGUGAACAACUUCAAAGGGACUCACUCGACACCUACUAAACAGAAGCAGGAGGAUUACCGCGGUCUUCCCUUGAUGACGUUCCCCCGUGUGGAAAGUCCACUGGAGACUCUCAGCGCACAGGGAAAAUCUUGUCAAGCGACUCUAUUGACAUCCAGCCAGCCAAAUACCUGGAGCGCCUGAGCAGCAGAAGUGGGCCAGAGGAAAUUUUCCCGGUGCUCUGGACACCAGCUAAACCCCCCUAGUGCAAUUUAGAGUUGGCAAUGCAAGUCCAUGUGUUUAGGGAGACCAGCAAAAUCAGAACCAUUCGGCGUCCAUGACUGAAGUCACAUGACUAAGGGGGCAACACCGGGUCACUUUCGCGUCACCUCAACACUUCUAGGCACAAAAA